AAUUGUAAUAUGCCAUUUUUCUCAUGGACGUUUCCCCCUCUCGGCUACCGACGAAGUGACAGGAGAAAAUGCUGAGGUGCCGCCAAGCUGCUCCCGGUGGUGCUGCCGCGGCUGCUGCUGCUGCUGCCGGCCGACGGGGGCUGGCUGGGCUUCGGGGGCACCUCGCCUUCCUCCAGCGGGAGCAACGGCGGCGUCUCCGGCAGCCUUGCUAGGGAGGCGAGCGGCAAGGCGCCCAGCGGUGACGGGGGUGAGCGAGCCCGGGCGAGCCCCGCGCGCCCCUCGAAAGGCGGGCGGGAGAGACUGCGGCUGGCACUGAUUCCCUGAAGGCGCGGGAAGACGACCAAGCCUCAGAAAUGAUGUGCGAAGUGAUGCCAACGAUAAAUGAGGACACCCCAAUGAGUCAAAGGGGGUCCCAGAGCAGUGGGUCGGACUCGGAUUCUCACUUUGAACAGCUCAUGGUGAAUAUGUUAGAUGAAAGGGAUCGUCUCCUGGACACACUCCGAGAGACACAGGAAAGUCUGUCUCUGGCACAACAGCGCCUUCAGGAUGUCAUCUAUGACAGAGACUCUCUCCAGCGACAGCUCAACUCUGCAUUGCCCCAGAUGACGGUUGCUGCUGGUACGAGCAUUGAGAAUAACAUUCAAAGGACCAUAUCCUGCCCUAAUGAGUUUGCUGCACUUACAAAAGAGCUAAAUGCAUGCAGGGAACAACUACUGGAAAAAGAAGAAGAAAUUUCUGAACUGAAAGCUGAAAGAAAUAACACAAGACUGUUACUGGAACACUUGGAGUGCCUUGUUUCAAGACAUGAAAGGUCACUGAGAAUGACCGUGGUGAAACGUCAAGCACAGUCUCCCUCAGGAGUUUCUAGUGAAGUUGAGGUUCUGAAAGCAUUGAAAUCUUUGUUUGAACACCACAAGGCUUUAGAUGAAAAGGUCAGGGAACGACUGAGGGUUUCUUUGGAAAGAGUCUCAGCUCUUGAAGAAGAACUAACAGCUGCUAAUCAGGAGAUAUUAGCUUUGCGUGAACAAAAUGCACACAUUCAAAGGAAAAUGGCCUCAGGAGAGGUCCCUCCGGAUUCUGAGCAUAUCAAAGGAAUGGAGCCCGGGCAAAAAGUUCAUGAAAAGCGUCUUUCAAAUGGCUCCAUUGAUUCAAAUGAUGAGAAUAGUCAGUUGGUGGAACUACAGGAACUCCUUGAAAAGCAGAAUUAUGAAAUGACACAGAUGAAGGAGCGUUUGGCUUCGUUGUCUUCCAGAGUUGGGGAGGUAGAGCAAGAUGCAGAGACAGCCAGGAAGGACCUCCUUAAAACUGAAGAACUGAAUAGCAAAUAUCAGAGAGACAUUAGAGAGGCUAUGGCACAGAAAGAAGACAUGGAAGAAAGGAUUACGACUCUUGAGAAACGUUAUCUAAGUGCACAAAGGGAGUCCACUUCCAUACAUGACAUGAAUGACAAGCUGGAAAAUGAGCUGGCAAAUAAGGAGGCCCUCCUUCGUCAGAUGGAAGAAAAAAACAGGCAGCUACAGGAACGCCUUGAACUAGCUGAACAAAAGCUGCAACAGACAAUGCGAAAAGCUGAGACAUUGCCUGAAGUGGAAGCUGAGCUGGCUCAGAGAAUUGCAGCACUAACAAAGGCAGAAGAGAGACACGGAAACAUUGAAGAACGCAUGAGACACUUGGAGGCUCAACUAGAAGAAAAAAACCAGGAACUUCAAAGAGCUAGGCAAAGAGAAAAAAUGAACGAAGAGCACAACAAGAGAUUGUCAGAUACCGUGGACAGGCUUUUGACAGAAUCGAAUGAGCGCCUGCAGCUACACUUAAAAGAAAGAAUGGCAGCAUUGGAAGAAAAGAAUGUUUUGAUACAAGAAUCAGAAAGCUUCAGAAAGAACUUGGAAGAAUCUUUACAUGAUAAGGAGAGAUUGGCAGAAGAAAUAGACAAGCUGAGAGCUGAACUUGACCAAAUGAAAAUAAGAGCAGGUUCAUUAAUUGAUCCCACAUUGUCAAGACCCCAUCUUGAUUCAUCAGCAGAACUGAGAUACUCUGUGGGUUCCUUAGUUGAUACUCAGCCAGAUUAUAGGUCUACAAAAGUGAUUAGAAGACCUAGAAGAGGCCGCAUGGGAAUCCGGAGGGAUGAGCCAAAGGUGAAAUCCCUUGGAGAUCAUGAGUGGAACAGAAGCCAGCCCAUUGGAAUUCUGAGCAGCCAUCACUUUGAAAGUGACACUGAAAUGUCUGAUAUUGAUGAUGAUGAUAGAGAUACCAUUUUUAGUUCCAUGGACCUUCUGUCACCAAGUGGGCAUUCUGAUGCCCAAACUCUCGCCAUGAUGCUUCAGGAGCAACUAGAUGCAAUCAAUAAAGAAAUCAGGUUAAUCCAGGAGGAAAAAGAAUCAACUGAAUUGCGGGCUGAAGAAAUAGAGAAUAGAGUAGCCAGUGUAAGUCUUGAAGGCUUAAAUCUGGCUAGGGUGCAUCCUGGCACAUCUAUUACAGGCUCAAUUACUGCUUCCUCGCUUGCAAGUUCUUCCCCUCCCAGUGGACACUCAACUCCUAAACUCACUCCACGCAGCCCAGCCAGGGAAAUGGAUAGGAUGGGAGUCAUGACAUUGCCAAGUGAUCUCAGAAAACAUCGGAGAAAGAUUGCAGUAGUGGAAGAAGAUGGGCAUGAAGACAAAGCUACAAUAAAAUGUGAAACUUCUCCUCCUCCAACGCCUAGAGCCAUUAGAAUGACUCAUACUCUACCUUCUUCAUAUCAUAAUGAUGCCAGAAGUAGCUUGCCUGCAUCCUUGGAGCCAGAAAGCAUUGGUUUUGGCAGUGUCAGUAGCAGCCAGGAUUCCCUACACAAAGCUCCUAAGAAGAAAGGAAUCAAGUCUUCAAUAGGACGUUUGUUCGGUAAAAAAGAGAAGGCUCGACUUGGACAGCUCAGAGGUUACAUGGAAACAGAAGCUGCAGCACAGGAAUCUCUGGGACUGGGCAAACUUGGAACGCAGGCAGAGAAAGACCGAAGGCUAAAGAAAAAGCAUGAACUUCUGGAGGAAGCUCGGAGGAAAGGACUACCUUUCGCACAGUGGGAUGGGCCUACAGUGGUUGCAUGGCUGGAGUUAUGGCUGGGAAUGCCCGCAUGGUAUGUUGCUGCAUGUCGUGCAAAUGUGAAAAGUGGUGCAAUUAUGUCUGCACUGUCGGAUACUGAGAUUCAAAGAGAAAUUGGAAUCAGCAACCCUCUCCAUCGCUUGAAGCUCCGACUCGCAAUUCAGGAGAUGGUGUCCCUCACAAGCCCCUCAGCUCCUCCAACAUCUAGAACGCCCUCAGGCAAUGUUUGGGUCACCCAUGAAGAGAUGGAAACUCUUGCCGCUCCAACUAAAACGAAAGAGAAUGAGGAAGGCAGUUGGGCUCAGACGCUGGCUUAUGGCGAUAUGAACCAUGAAUGGAUUGGUAACGAAUGGCUCCCCAGCCUAGGAUUACCACAGUAUCGAAGUUACUUCAUGGAGUGUCUGGUAGAUGCAAGGAUGUUAGAUCACCUAACAAAAAAAGAUCUUCGUGUACACUUAAAAAUGGUGGAUAGCUUUCAUCGAACAAGUCUGCAGUAUGGAAUCAUGUGUUUAAAGAAGCUGAAUUAUGACAGGAAAGAACUUGAAAGAAGACGAGAAGCAAGUCAGCAUGAAAUAAAAGAUGUGUUGGUAUGGAGUAAUGACAGAGUGAUACGCUGGAUACAAGCAAUUGGAUUACGGGAAUAUGCAAAUAAUGUGCUAGAAAGUGGUGUACAUGGAGCUCUCAUAGCCCUGGAUGAUAACUUCGAUUAUAGCAGUUUAGCUUUAUUAUUGCAGAUUCCAACACAAAAUACACAGGCACGGCAGAUCCUUGAGAGAGAAUACAAUAAUCUAUUAGCACUAGGAACAGACAGACGACUUGAUGAAAGUGAUGACAAGAAUUACAGGCGUGGCUCUUCCUGGCGAAGACAGUUUCCUCCACGUGAAGUCCAUGGAAUCAGCAUGAUGCCUGGUUCUUCAGAAACACUGCCAGCUGGCUUCAGGUUAACUACAACAUCAGGACAGUCACGAAAAAUGGCAUCUGAUGUUGCGUCAGCACGGCUGCAGAGAUUAGACAGUUCUACAGUUCGCACGUAUUCAUGCUGACAAGUCUAACACAGAAGAGAGCUCUGAGCUGAACAAAAAUACCACCUUUUUUCUUCUACUUUACCUGAAGUGCACUACUACCAUCUUAAGAAAAAGAAGUUUUUAUUCCACAAACAGGGUAAUAGGGAAGAAAAUAUAUAUGUUUAUCAGAUUAAAAUGUGAUGAUCUUUUUACAUAUUAACUUGUAAUGUGCAGCCUGUCCGGUGCUACUGCAGUGACACAACUUUUAUUUAUCUCAGUGGAGUUCACAUAUGAUCUAGACGCAAAUCUCACUGAAAUGAUGUAAGAAAGUGUAGCAGUAGUACUGGCCAGAAUGCACUCAUUGGGUAGUUCAAUAAAAUAACAGGUACUAAUUUGUUUUUAAAAAUAAACCCCAAUGUAUCAUCAUAAAUUUGGCCAAAAUGACUAAAUAACACUUUUAUCAAAGGGAGAUACUCAUUUUUAAACUUAUUUCAUCCGUUUUAUUGUAAUAUACUAGAGUUUAUGUAUUUACUGUGUAUGCAUUUCUUUUAAUAUGUGUAAGUUUCAUGUAAAUGGAUAUAAAUAUGAUUUUUUAAAACAAAUUAAAUCUAUGGUACAUGGGGUCUUAGUGCAAAUGCUUGACAAUAUGUUGUCAAACAAUACUGUUUGUAUCUUUCCAUUCCACCAUUUUUACAGUUUUGAAUUGUAGCAAAGUAAAUUGGAUCUGUUUAGCAAAGUUAUUAGAUGCUUCAACAUGUUCCUACUUUUUAAAGAAAUCUGUCAAUAUCUAAAGCUUAACACCUGCCUCUGAUGAUUUAUAAGAAAGACUGAAACAAUGGAACCUGAGCCAAAAAAAAAAUGGACCUAUAAAGGGCAAAACAGAAUUGAAACACAUAUACACAACCACACACACUUUUGCAGGAAAGCACUGUGAUGGCUCUCUUUUUAAAAUCAACCUGGAGAAAAAAAUCAUUUGCAAGAGUUAAAUACAACAACUUAGCAAGAGGCAUUUUUCUCAACAGCUGCUUAUGGAUCUAGAAGCACCUAGCUUUGCUAGGAAUCACUUUUUUCCUCCCAAAUUGUUCACAGGCCAGCCAGCAUGAGUGUGAAAUGAAAACAUCAAAGGAAAAUAAAUUUGAUCUUCAAGUUUUAUUUUAAAAAUGCCCUCCCUUUCUUCAUAAUAAAUAGGGCACUAGGCAGCUGCUUGUCUAAUGUCAUGCUUUUAUCCAAAACGGCCUUGCUGAGACUUCACUGAAGUCAGCUUUGUCAGAGGAAAUAACUGAAAGACAGAACAGUUGAUCUAUAAUGUAUAAAAGUUUAGAGGAAAAACUAUUAUCUGCUGUGGCUUUAUUUGGUGGUGUUAUUGAUGUUUAUUCCUUGUUUCUAUGAGAAGUUUCAAAGUAAGACCUAUUUAAUAAUGUCAUUUACCUACUAUUUGCUAAUUUCCCGCUGCCUGAUCAUAUCUUAAGACCUGUCUUUUGGUUAUUCCAUUCAGCAGGCUGAUUUGCAAAACAUCUGCACGUACAUUUGUUUUCCUGCAUACUUCUUUUUUAUUUAUUUAUACAUGAUUUCAGUUAACCAAAUGGUGACAGACUUUUUCUCCCCUAUUGUCAAUAAAAGAAAAUCAGUGCUGUUUUAUGUGUUCAGUCUGUGAUACAGCGGCGUGUGUCAUACUUUCAAGUGGAACUUUAGAGGCUAAUAUUGCUUCAGGGAUGAAUAGAAAUAAAUACAUCAUUUUCUGUAAACAAGCAGGCAGUAUGUGCUCUGGAAGACAAUAAUACAAUCUGCCACAAGAUGGUGCACUGAAGGUGCUGCUUUCUAUUGUGUCAAAGAAACAGUGGGGGGGGGGAGGUCCCAUUUCCUGUAAUUGAACUUUAGAUAUGGCUACCAGGACACUAGUUUGAUCCAUUGAUUACUAUGCAAUAUAACCAAAUAGUCACUAUUUAAUAGCAAUAAUGGCUAAAUUGUGACAUUGUUGUGUAGUUUUAGGCACAUUAAUCUGUUUUGGAACUCCUGGUUUAAUGUGUCUUCAUGUUCCACAUCAGAUAAGCAUAUAGUUUAAAUCAGCUGCUUUAAAUGUCCCCUCCUGGCAGACACCUAGCAAUCUAACUUGCCCAUAUCUGCCUGCCACAGGCUAGUAUCUAAUUUUUAUACACAGUCCAACUUGCCUGCACACUUUCUUCUAGCAGAGACAUGCAAUGAGUUAACUUUUUUUUUAAUAGUAAGAACAUUGUCAGUGAUGUCCCGUCCCAACUUGGGCAGAAGCAGAGAUAAUAAGUAGCUCUAUAAGUAAAGUUACUGGAUUGUUAAGCCCUAUUUAAGUGUUAACAGCAAGAACCACAUUAGGGCAUAGUGCUGACAUGAGCAUGCAGAUAAGACUUGCCCCCGAAAUGCUUACACAAUCCAAAGACAGGAAAGCUUUUACCAGUUCACAGCAAAGGCCUGCAGCAGUACUUGCAAACUUGUUCAGCUUACCACAAAUACCUCUGUGAAUGGGAGAUCUGAUUAUAGGUCUCACGCAUAGAAAAGCUGUAAGGACCUUAAGCAGAAUGUGUUUACCAUGAUGCUGCACACCUUCUCUGUAAGCAAGCAGAUGUCUGCCAAUGGAUUCAAUCCUAAACCUAGUUUUCCAAACAGAAAAUCUCACUAAAGAUAAUGGGGCCUACUUCAGACAAAAGCACAGGGUGAGCUUGUGGGGUUUUUUUCUGGGAAUGCAGCAGACAAAGGGAAGGUAAAAGAUGGUGCACAUGUGUAAGAGGAGAAGACUUUUCUCAGUGGACUUUCUUUGUGGGUUUACAGCCCUUUACAAAAAAAACCCCAUUCUAAGUGAUUAGAUAGUGCUCUUUCCCUUUUAUCAUUAAAGAGGACAAUUUCAUGCAUGUUACACAGGCAGCAUUACUAACUAUUCUAGGAAUUGCAGUAAUUAUUAGAGAAAUGAAUGUAUCUAUUAUCAUAAAAUACACAAUGUACUUAUUUCCACCCCUUUAGCAAGAAAACAUAAAGCUUUUCUUAGGAGCACAUACUACUGAAAGCUGGACAAUAUUUCUGCUUCAAAAAGCUACAGCUCUGUGAUGUUUUCAUUAAAAUAUCAGUACUGACAUCCACAAACCCAAAAGUAUUAUACGUACUCAUAAUCUGCUUGUUAUGAUAACUGGAAUGUCUGGGGUUUUUUUUAAAUGCUACAUAUUUCUGUAGUCAAGAACUUUUUUUCUUUUUUUAGUAUUACUACAAUUUAGAAAUGUUUCUCACUAUUAUGACUUCUACUUUUUCUUUGUGUAACAGAGUAUCUAAGGACUGGUUGGUUACAGUUUCAUUUAUGAUGAGGAGAUAAGUAACUGUCUGGAUAUCUGUCAUUUGAAGGGAAUGUUUAUCACACCCUAGUUCCUUAGCCUUCAGAUGAAUAGUGGAGACUAGCAAACAUUGUCCUCAUUAUGCGGGAAAAUGUCAGAAACAACAGAUUAUGAAGCAUGAACACUUUAGGGAGGAAAAAACCCACAUAUGUAGAGGAAGAGUUUGCUAUGGAGAUAGAAUUAAUUCAUAGUAUGGUAAGUUUUCCUGUGAGAAGCAGCAACUCCUAACUACUGGUCACUUGGAAGAAUUUGAUUUUGAAAAUUUGCAUGAGGGGCAAGAUGUGCCUAAGGAUAUACAGUAUGUCCAAUUAAUUUGUAGAAGCAAUGGCAGUAGGGUGGUUUUCACAUUACUGUAUGUAACUCACUUCUUGAUGGCCUGGGGGGGGGGAAUAAACUCUUUCCCUUACUUUAAAUACAAAUAUCAAAUUGGGAGGAGGAUUCAAACUCCCAUAGAUAUAUUGUGAUAAAAGUCUUGUGGCACGGUACAACAUAAACCCUACAAUGUCUGCUUUAUUUCAGAACACAUUCUACUAUGUAGUCAGAUCAGUUUAUGUGAAUUGUGACCCUACCAGUAUGAUUGGGGCUGGUAUCCUGUUUCUCUUCAAUGAAGUAACAGGUCCAUUGGUGGAGUGCUGCAUCCAAGUUCUGCUGGUCUCUGCUUAUAGUUAUGCAAGCCAGAGAUCACCACAUUGCUCUAAACAGGUGUACAGCUAGUACAAGGGGUUACUGUAUACCGCCUUGCAGAAGCACCAGAAGAAAGAGAACCAUACACAGCACAGACUGUCCCGCAGCACGUUUGCAGCCAACAGGAUACUAGUCCAUAUAUGUAAAGUGCAGUCAAUAAUGAAAUGGGUGGGACUUGAUGGCAGGAUGUGCUCUAUGCCAUCAUCUUCUUCUUUGUAUUUAAAUACAGGAUUGGCCCUGCAUGUAAUUAUACAUACUUCAUUCUGUUUACUUAGUUCUAAUAGUUAUCUGAGCCUCAAAACCAUAUUCAUUAUUUGAACAUUAUACCAGCAAUCUAAUACUAAUUACCUUUCACUGGGGUAUAAGCUCAGCCAAUACAUUGCAGAACUUGC